AUGAAAGCAACAUUAUUGUGGACAAUAAGUGACUUUCCAGCUUAUGGAAUGUUAAGUGAGUGGAGUACUCAUGGAAAACUUUCAUGUCCAUAUUGUAUGGGGAACAGUAAGUCAUUUGUACUUGAGCAUGGUAAGAAAUGUUGUUGUUUUGACUGUCAUCAUCAAUAUCUUCCUCUUGAACAUCUGUUUCAUCGUGAUUGA